AUGAAUGUCCCUCCACCUCCUCCAAUGACCAGUACAAAUGGACUUCGAUCGAAUCUGACGCCAGUGGUACCGCGAAGUGCGUCUCUGGAUAAACUGGAAAACGAGCAACAAUCAUUACGAGAUCUUCGUGACAAGUUGUUAGGUACACGAUUCUCUGUGGCCGCGAAGCGGAAGGAGCUUCGCGAUCUCCAUAUACAGACUGGUGUAAAAGACGGAUAUGUCUUCAGCCUCUUGCGCCAAUAUCUUCAUGAUAUAGGUGCAGACAUGCCACAGGAGAUCGAAGAAGCUUUUACUUUCGCAUCCGCAUUAAGGGACCAGCAGGGCCUCUUGGAAGUCGGUUACGAAGAAGCCGAAGACAGUUACAACAGACUGGAAUGGAAGUAUUCCCGCAGAGAGACAAGGUUUGUUGAACAGCUCUUGGACAACAAACUCGUACCAAGUGAUACACUUGACAGAACUCAAAGUGCGGAAAACUUGGAAAUCCUGCAAAUGACCAAUUUUACGGCACCUACUACUGAUGACAAUCCGAGAGUCUCGAGUCUUGCAGCUUCUAGUGAUGAGACAAUCGCUGACUACAUCCUGGAGCCAUCCACGUUUCCAACAAAGCAAGAUUUAGUAACUCAGCAUGGUGCGAGCGUGAGAUUUCCACAAUCCCGCUCUGUACGUAGCAAUCUGAACGACUUGGCAUUGGUCUCAACAAGAGACGCGCGUGAUGUCCAUCCUACACACAAGCAUCUGCAGUGGGUGGAGAAAAUGAGCAAAAUUGACGAAUGGCUGUUCGAUAUCGUGGAUCAUUCGUCUAUCGAGAAGUUGUGUCUAAAAGCGACGUAUGACUUUGGUUUCGCAGACACGGGGAUAUGGUGGGAGCACACCAAAUGGCUUCUGGUUCAAGACUAUUCUACGUAUUUCCAUACUGGCGACUCUACAGUAUUCGACUAUGCCACAGGCCAAUCUCUAUCAAAAUCUCCAGAAGAAGGGCCAAGCUCAGUGCCCUCUAUUGCUGAUUCGUGUAGCACGAGCCAAUUGCUACUCGGCACUCAGUCAACAGGUGUACCAGAUACCGUUACGCUUCCAAGUAUCGUAGAGCCACAUGACUACCGAGAGACAAAUAACCACGCGAAUGUAAUACGCACGUUCCCUAGGGAUACAAGAAAAGAACAAAUGAGCAUAGUGUUGAAGUCCCAAUCACUGCGGUACCGUACCUCAACCAGGAGCAUUGUCACAGACGGUGGCGGUAGCUUGCAUCAUCGCUACUACUCUCAAAAACUUACUCGAUCUCUGUCAUGCAACGAUGCACCAUCAUACAUCGAGCGCGAAGAGGGAGAGCAAACUAGCUGGGACACAGUAUCACCAACUUCACGCCACAAAAGCCGAUUCCAGAGACCACACAAUGGUGAUAGCUUACGGAAGCGACGCACCAUGUCUGUGACCGAGAAGGUAGAUCCUAUGGUACCUACAGUCUUACCGAGGAAUACCAGCAGCACUACAUUUUCGCCGAGCAACUUUCCGCAGCCUGUUUUCGAUCCCGGUAGUCGAAACCGUCGUCGAAGAAUGUCUACCUAUACUACUAUUGAACUUCGUCAAUCUCCGGAGAAAGACUGGUGUACGUCACUAACCACUUCGAAUCUCCAGUUGUCCCAGUCACAACAAACCGAGAGUUCGAAGUCAGCGAUGGAUGGAUGUCUUGUUAUGUAG